AGAAAAUCAAUCACCAUGGUCAUAAGCAUUGAUGUGCCGCUAAAAGCGUCGGAGGAAGCGACUGUGAAGUUCCUAUUAGGAAUAGUUUUUGGAUCCCACAAAAAACUCGGAUUGCAAUCAAAUCGUCGUGAGUGCCUCAGACACGAUGUUCUUCAAGCAAGCAAGCUCAUUCACUGGAUUCUCAGAAAUGAGAAGAAAAACCGAAGAUCUCUCUCUGUUGCGUGUAAUUUGGUGUACGGAAACACCAUUGUUCUCAGUACACAAGUUGCCCGACUUCUUCAUGAUGCAAUUCGUGCUCGAGACAUCGUCGCAUUCACGUCGUACAUGGCGCAAGAAGAAGAGAGGAAACGAAAAACUCGCGAACAGAUGGAAGGAGACAACUCUAAUAAAACACCAAAGAAGAAGAGAAGGCAGGCUGAGGAAUUUCCUCUCGCUCCUACGCCGAUUAGUGUGGCUCUACGGCAAAACAUUACAAUGCCAGAUGUUCUCAGUGUUCACAAGAACGACCAAAUUAACGUGGAAGACGACUUGGCUGCACCAACGAUGGAACAACUUGAAAUGAUGUACGGAAUGUUGGAAUCAGAGAAUCGGAACACGGCGAUUGAUUUAACAUUUAUCGAUCGAUAUUCCUUCAACGAUGCCCGUCAAAAUGUCCACAAUCUGAAUCUGAAUAUGGAGACUGAUUUUCAACGUCCAUCUGAUGAUUUUAUCCGAAGCCAGCUCAUGACACCUACCAAAUCCAUACCACAAGAGGAAGAAGUAUUUCAACCAGCCACGCACCUGAAGGACGUUCUUCGAUUCGCCCAUCUUCCCAUCGCGCUAGACGAAACUGAGCGGAGAAGGAGUAUGGACGAAGAAAUGGAGGAAGCGAGGAAUUCUGGAAUCAACACCGAGUUUCUUACGCCACAACAGAUGAAUGUUCCACGUAUCGCCUCGGAAAUCUUGGAAUUAGAUGACGAAGUUUUGAUUCCAAGAACAAUACCUAAAGCUCCUCAUAGUGCUACAAAAAACCAAAUGGCUGAGAACGAGGGAGCAGAGGAAGGGAUCAAUUAUAAAAUUCCAUUAAGAGACAUGCAUCACUUGAUGGAAGAUUAUUCCAGUCUUCACUUCAAAGACGUGGAGCCUCUAUGUCGGAAGACAAGCAAAGUGAUGAAUUUAAAAGAUCUGUUGAACCCGAUCCCGUACUACCUUCGAAAAGGAUGCAAUACAGACAUGUGGGAUCUGUUCAAAGUGAAAACGAGGAAAUUUGAUUCCACAAUUGGGCGCCACGAUGUAUCUGAUACUGAAGAUGAGGAUGAGGAAGCGGAGAGGAGAAAUCGACGUGAAGCCGAACGCGAGCUCUUGGAGACCAUCGACUUGUCACAGAUGAAGUUCAUGGCGACUCCACUGAAGGAAAAAAGUCCUAUCAUGACUCCAGCGCAUCGACCGGAAGAAAUAGAGUUUCGAGAAGAGCUCGAGGUUCCACGAUUGGAACAAUUUGAGCCGAUGAAUGUGAAUCCGAUUUCUCCAAGGAUGGAUGAGCCGGCGCUAUUGGAAGAAAACUGGAAUUCCAAACCGACGUGGUCAAAUCCGAUAUCUGAAAACAUUGCGGAUGCGCUCACCAUCCGUGCGAAUAUUAUUCACAAGCUGAAUAGUGAAUGCCCCUACGAGGUCACUCUGGAUUCGAUUAUCCCACUGGCUGCGACAUCUCGACGAGAAGCCGCUCGCACAUUUUAUACAGUUCUUGAGCUCCUCAAAGAACGUGAGAUCAAGGCCAUUCAACGUGAUCCUUAUGGAAAUAUCGAUUUGCUGCUAUCAACGGAUGACAUUGAAGAUAUCGACGAGCUGGCAAUGGCGGAUUUUUAACUGUACAAUUGUUUUUUCUUUUUUAAUAGUUUAGCUGCAUUUAAAUAGAAUCAAAAGUAUUUCUCCCACUUGUAAAAUUGUAAACUGUCCAUUUUAAACUGUUUUCCCCUUUUUCUUUUCCUGACUCUCAUGUUCAAUUUCCAUCGUGUAUCAUUCUUAUUCCCUGUUUUUUUUUCUCUGGGUAAAAUCUUAUUUUGUUCAAAAAACG